AUGCAAAUCAUCCUGCCUGCCAGCUUCAGCAAGAUCAUCUCCAAGCUUCGAUCUAACAAGGCCAACACAGCAGCACUGCCAACCUACCAAUCGCACAGUCAAAGCACUCUCUUCGACGACCUCCCGGAGGGUGAGAAGCAGGCAGCACUUACCAAGCUUCACGAUCUCGCUGCCGCACAGCCUGGUCAGACUAAGAAGAGGACAUCUCGUCGUUGCUUCAAUUGGAAGACAGCAGCCAUGGUGUUUGCUUUCCUCUCUCUGGUGGUGUUGGCCACUGUUGCUUUAGUCAAGGCUGUGGACAAGGAUGUGGACCAAGACUUGGUUGCAAAGCUCCGCAUGGCUAACACCAACCUUGAUCGCAUGGCGCUCCUGCCCAACGAUGACGACUGGGUGUACGACUUCACCAAGUCAGACAAGUAUACAUAUGCUCCUGGUGGCGUGAUAAACGCCAACGCUGCGACCUUCCCGGCGACCGUUGGUCAGGGCAUGACGAUGGCGAUGCUCAACCUAGGUCCAUGCUCAAUGCUGCCCCCUCAUCUGCACCCACGAGCUACCAACUACGUGGUCGCCAUCUCGGGAGAGACCCAGACCUACAUGAUCAAUGAGAACGGUGCCAGAACCGUCCAAGCAACUCUGACUCCAGGAAAGAUGACCAUCUUCCCCACUGCGUCGGUUCAUACCAUGAUGAAUGUCGGCUGUGAGAACGCACAGCUGAUCUCAGCGCUGAACUCGGACGACACUGGCACCAUGAACUUGGCCAACGCGUUCUUCUCAUUGCCAGCGAACUUCACCCAGACGAUCCUUGGUCCAGACGCGAACCUUCAGGCCCUGGGUGGUAACGUUCCGGCUGUUGGAACUGGUGCGGCUGCCGGACCAGAGGCAUGUAUUGCAGCGUGCAAGGCCAAGGGCAAGCUGGUCCGCAGGAGCUUCUGA